AUGGCAUCUACUGGAGGCAGAGGAGGAGAAGUUAUGUAUGAUCAACGGCUGUUUAACCAGGAGAAAGGAAUGGACUCUGGUUUUGCCACUGAUGACCAAAACAAUGUGUAUGACAAAGUAUUGUUUGCCGCGCAAUCCACUCUCUCAACGCUCUACAAGCCAAACAAAGAUAUGGAUGAUGAAAUGUAUGGCAAUAAUUCAGACGUGCAGGUCCAUAAGCUCAACGACAGUAGUGAGAGGUUCAAAGCUUUCAGCGGUGGUGGUGCGGGGAAGAGAGAACGACCUGUUGAGUUUACCAAGGAUGAUCCUUUCGGUCUUGCAUAG